AUGCCUCGCGUAUUCCUCAUUACCGGAACCUCAACCGGCUUCGGUGCCAAUUUGGUUCAAGAGGUGCUUGAUAGAGGAGACUUCGCCGUUGCUACGGCCCGCAAGCCCGACUCUCUCUCCUUCAAAGGCACCUCCUCCCACAACUACCUUGCCGUCAAGCUCGAUGUUACAGAUCCCUCAAGUAUACAGUCUGCUUUCGCCGCCGCUCUUGAUAAGUUCGGACGAAUUGAUGUCGUUGUCAACAACGCCGGUUACGGCCUGGCAGGGCCUUUCGAAGAGCUAUCAGAUACUCAGAUCAAGACUCAGAUGGAUGUCAACUUCUUUGGCUUGAUUGCCGUGACGCGAAAGGCCAUGGAGGUUAUGAGAGAUCAGAAGCCGAGCGGAGGUUUGGUUCAGCAGGUAACUUCAAUUGGUGGUCAAAGAGGAGUGCCCAACUUCUCCAUUUACUGUGCAAGUAAGUGGGCUGUAGAGGGUUUCACGGAAGCUAUUUCGCAAGAAGUCAAGCCCGAUUGGGGAAUCAAAUUUACCUGCAUUGAGCCUGGAGGAUUCCGUACAGACUGGGCUGGACGGUCCAUGGCGUUCCCCGAGAAGAGGCAUCCUGCCUACGACCACAUUGACGUGCAAAAGGCCAUGGGUGCAAGGCACGGGACACAAGCCGGAGAUCCUAUUAAAGGGGCGAAGGCCAUGUAUGAGCUUGCAGUUAUGAAGGAUCCACCGCUGCGAGUCGUCGUUGGUACUGAUGCCUACAAAGCGAUUAUGGGGAAGAUCGAUUCGUAUGGAGAGAACUAUAAGAAGUAUGAGAAGAUAUCAAAUAGCACAGAUGUGGAGGGCUACAAGGCUCCGUAA